ACGACGCAUAAAAACGACGUCACGAAAGUAAACAAGAGCAUGUCGCAUAGACAGACUCAUGCAAGAGAAAUGAACGGACAAGCGGACGUCGAAGUUGACUAUAAACGGAAAUACAAAAAUCUGAAGAGGAAAUUAAAAUUUCUUGUUUAUGAACAAGAAUGUUUUCAGGAGGAGCUGAGGAGAGCACAGAGAAAACUUCUCAAAGUUUCCAGGGACAAAAGCUUCCUUCUGGACAGACUGCUACAGUAUGAGAGGGUAGAUGAAGACUCCUCAGAUUCAGAUGCAACAGUUUCUUCUGAAAAUAGUGAAGGGGAAUUUUAUUUGUCAUGUACUCUUUUCAGGCGGAGAAGUAGUCCUGGGGCGUGUCUUCCUUCAUCCUCAUCUCCUCAUCUCUCCCUGCUGUCCCGCCCUGGGGUAAAUACCCUGCAGUCAUCAAGCUCUGGACCCUACCUCAACACUAUGCCCUUUCCACCAGAGUAUUUGGCUCCCUCUGCUGAACGAAUGAAGAAAGAGAGAAAAACAAAGACGCCCAAAAACAGGAGAGAGACUACAGGGAAGGUUGUUACUCCUGUGGCAGCUAACUACCCAUCAGCCCCUGCGGCGCCUCCAGCAUCCAGUGGUCCCUUCAGCUGGGUUCCCAGACAGAUGCUUAGUGGAGAUGCACCUGAAGAGGACGGGGAGAGUGAUGGAGACAGUGACAGAGGCGAUGAGGACAGAGGGGAGGGGGAUGAGGCCGAGCUGGUCAUUGAUAUUCCUAAUGAGUGAGCCAGACCGUGGGUUUAGUUGUAAUAUGAACAGGGGGUGAAGGGGUUGUACAUCUGUGUGUGAAGUCACAAGACAGAAGGUGACUGAAUUUAUUUCUGUAGUCAGCAACCCUAAUCCCACAUUCUCAGAAAGGGGAGCCAAGCUGCCUCCUGUGGACGUUUGCUUAACUGCAGUAUUACUGUCAAAAUAUGCCCUAGAGAAACACCUUUUUCAAAUAUUAUGUUAAUAAAUUAAUCUGAGAAUGCAAAAGAACAGAAAGUGCUUUGUAACAAGCAUUUAAGAAAAAUCUCUACUGCCACCUGUGCGAUUGGAUACUUGUUACACAGGUUCAAACUGCCUGCUGAUUUCUUUCUUUCUUUCUCAUUCUUCUUUGUCACCACACCUGAUUAUGACAAUAACUAGAUGUGACAACAUUGACAGAGUUUUUGUCUGCAUUGUCUAACCACCGUUUCAGUCUUAGUAUUGUUAAGCACUGCUGUCCAUUAAAGCUGUUUUAGAAUGACAGAGAUGUUUGGAGGUUUCUUUAGUCAUUCCAUGCAGUUUUGCCAUCUGUCACAUGCAUAUAUUGUGUUGCUCUGGGUAUUUUUUAAAAUCAUAUUGUUAAAAAUCAGCGCUUCAUUUUGUUCAUG